GUGACUCGACAGAAAGCGCGCAGAAGCCGCAGAGUUGGUGCCCGCUGCCAGGACGGAGAAUUCCUCAGACUUGUGUCUCAGUUCGCUCGCAACUUAAUUACAGAUUAGUUAAAAGACAAAGUUGUGGCCCGAAGGAAACGCGGCAAUCAGCAUCGAGUGUAAUUUCCUGUCGUGGCGACUUGGAGCUAAAUGUGUAAAGAGAAGAGCAGCGAAGCAGGAGUGAGCAAGGAGUGAGCAAAAAAAAAAAAAAAAAGUGAUCGAAGACGUGAGCAGAAUAGACGAGGACGGGAGGCUGAGAAAGGGGGCCGAAGAGUGCAGUCCGAGGGGGCAGAAAGAAAAAGAAAAAAACAACACCAUAACAACAAACUUCUGUACAACUCCGCGGGAAGUCAUCAUAUCCACGGGGAAAUAACAGCAACACAAAGGCACGAUUGAAACGAAGAAAAGGAGACGAGUCCGCUCAGGAGGGCAGGAGGAAGCGCACACGGCAGGGAGACUGGGGGGCGGCGGCUGCGCGAUUUCGUUCGAGUUUGACACCGGAGCUGAACUUUCUCAAGUCACGGCAGCCCGACCGCAGAUCCCCGGCGGAUCUCCGGACAAUGAGAACACCUCGCUAUCGCUGAGGGCUCGCGCUUCAACCGCUUGCUAACAGAUGUCUGAAGAGAGGAGAGAUUUGGUAAGCGUACCCGGUGAAGAAGAUGUCCUCAUGGUCCAGACGCCAGAGACCAGCCACUUCUCAGAAGAUGACUGUGGUAGCAGAUUGCUGCCCGAAGUAGAAGCUGGUGAAGAUGCGGGACUGGGGACGUGCAUGUCUGUUGAAAAGAGUAGCCAUACAGGUCUGGCUGCCUUAAGUGAAAAUGUAACAUGUCAGCCUCAAGCUCAGCCGGCCCUGCCUUUAUCUGCACUGGAAAUGUUACCUGAACAUGGUUCUCAAUGGCAGAGUGUUGUGACUCAAGGUCCCCAACAGAACGGCGUCGAGAAUGGUACGGUCCACGGAGGCCCCCGGGUCUUCCCCCAGGUUGUUACGCAGAAGCCUCACAAAAAGCUGCAGUCAAAUCCAUCAAUCAACAGCCACAGCAGCAAGAAAAGCAAAGGCAGCUCAAAAUCCACCAACUCCCAAAUCCCGGCAGAGGUAGAGGGAGACUGCUGCGUCCAUUGCAUCUUGGCCUGCUUGUUCUGUGAGUUCCUCAGCCUGUGCAACAUCAUGUUGGACUGUGCCACCUGUGGCUCCUGCACCUCCUCAGACUCGUGCUUCUGCUGCUGCUGUGCAUCUGAGGAGUGUGGGGACUGCGACAUGCCCUGUGACAUGGACUGUGGCAUCAUCGAUGCCUGCUGCGAGUCUGCCGACUGCCUGGAGAUCUGCAUGGAGUGCUGCGGGCUGUGCUUCUCCUCAUGAAACUUGAGCCCCGCUUAAACUAGUGGAACUGGAUGUGAGCUCUCUGUGCACUUAAUGAGGGUGGGACCUCGACAGCUUAAUAGGGCGUAUGGGGAGGAACGUGAGAGGAGACGUGUAUUAAAGAAUGAACCGGAGGUUCAGAGUGCUGGAAGCAAGUAUCUACAGGGACAAGGUUCAACCAGCCUAACUGGGUUAUUCCCUUCUUCCUUCUGGACAUUUCUUCACGUGUCUUCUUCACCAUUAAAGGUGAAGUGAGAAAACUAAAGAGUUGAUAGGUUUGGAUGGCUGCAGAUAGCUGCUUUCUGAUUUGACACUGUUAAAAAAAAAAAAGCCACUGCAAUGUCAAAGAGGCCUAUAGAUUUGGUUAUCUUUUAUAACCCCACUGGCUUGAUGCAGGAUUACAGCUUAAUUUCUUUUUUUAAAUGGAUUAUCCUGCAGGAAACAACUUUUAUUUUAACCAUCUCAAGAUCAUUAUUUACAGCAGUGACCCUGCUUUAUCACAAUGAUUCUUUAUCCCAAACUACAAUUCACACAGCAGGACUUCAACUAACAGAUUAUAGACCAUCACCUAAUACACCCUGGCCUUGGCAUAUUUCACAGCAGCCUUUAAAAGUCCUUACCUAUGGCACCUUAUUGACCACAGCGAGAUCAUGCUGUACUGAGACAAAUGUGUGUGAAAACACAUCAAAGUGGUAAAUUGUGUGCAUGAAACAGUUAAACUAUCCACAUGUAGGAGUAAGUAGUGUACACGAGAUAAGUGCUGCAAAAACAGUAGAUCAUGCCGACAAAAUUAAUCAUUUAAAUUGGUUAAUAAUUAAUGUACGAUAGAUAAUAAAUCAAAAAGUUGAUAAUCAUGCAAAUUAAAUAAGUUGCUAAACUUAAAUAACACAGCAUGCAAACGUGAAGGUGAGUCAAUGUUGUAAAACACAGGAAGUAAAUCUGUUUUGCACAAGAAAUUCUGCAGAACACAUUAGUAACAAAUCGUGCAGUGAAACUACGUUGUGAAAACAAAAUGAUCUAUUUGUGUAGCGCAAUAUGUCAUUCCAAUUAGAUAAUAAAUCCUGCAAAUGAGACCAUUUGGGCAGAAGAAGUACUUUGCACCUGAUAUGGUCAUGCACAGAAGAUAAUUAGCUGAAACGAGAUAAAUUAGAUCAAGUUUUCAAAUGAGUUUAAAUGUUCUGUGCCCAAAAUAGUCAAAUAAACUAGAAAACAAGACCUCGCAACUUCAUCUCAGUUGAAAUGAGCAAACAGCUUAAGCACAAGUUCAUCAAAUGCCAUUAAUUAUUUGAAUGCACUCAGUUGGGUAAAAUCAUACCAGCAGGAUAAGACGUCCCAGGAACAGGAGGAAGAUGUCAGCCAGGAACAGCAGUAAGUGAGCCUGAAAGGACCAUUCAUACUAAACAAUUGUGAGUAAAAAAUUGUUUAAAUGAUAACAAAUCGUGCAAAUGAGACAUCUGUUGAUGUUGUGAUGCAAUCUUAUUAAGGAAUCAUGUUCAGAAGGGUUUUAGUUAAAUAUAAAAUCACACCGAGAAACAUUUCACAAAUUAGUUACAAAAUUUUUCACAAAAUGUGUAAACCAAAUGAAGAGUUAUGGGAACAAUAUGUCAUUUAAAUAAGACAGAAAAUCAUCAAUUCUGCAGACAGAAGUCAUUAAGUGCAAGUGAUCAAAUGGGAAAAAUAAUAUAAACAAGACAAGUCAUGGGAACAAUUACGUCAGCCAGAAGAUGCAGCAAAUCAGGCACAAAAUUGAUGCUGAGCUGUAACAUUAGAAGUCGAUAAAAAUACAAGUUAUGCGCUAAUAACAGCACUGGUCUGGGUUUGUUUUUGUACCCGUAGUGUCCCUUUCAGACCUGACUGUGGUGAAUCCAAAUCUGGCAAUGGAAUCACUUCCAGUUUACGAGACAUGAAGGCUUAAAAUGAAAAGAAAAAAGUAUUUUAUAAAAAAAUGAAUAUUUUAGAAUUUUAAGUCUAAAUAAUUAAUUCAAAAUAGACAUAUAAUCAAAUGUUUGCCUACAAAACACAGUCACUUGGAAGUUUUUCACACCGUACAAUCCUGUUUCACGGUAAAAAAACAACACAGACUCACUGUACUUUCCACCAUAGCGUCUCUCCGUUUGAGUGAUGGAAUCUCGACCAUUGUUCAGCAGAGAUGGGAAAAAAUCCAAAUGAGAGAGUAGGACAUGGACUUUUAAAGAUCUGUUGCACUCAAGUGCUGGUAGGAAGUGAGAAGCUCCUUGUAGUUUUCCGCCUUUGUAUUCCCAAGAAAAUGGUGUCACUUUUUUUUUUUUUAAAUAAAAGAAUAUUGUGAAUCUUUUUACCGUUUGUUUACCAGUUAACUGGUCAAGAUGAUGGUUGGAUCAAUCCAACCCGGCAUAUUUCUAUAAAAGCCAUUUAAACAACAACUUUCUCACUUUUGGGCAAUAAAAUAGCGUUUUUCUAGCCUUGCAAAAAAUAAAUUCCUGGCAAGUUUGUAGGAGAAAAAAUAAACCAGUCGAGAGCUGACAAUGUUAGCAAAUACUUGAUUGUGGGUGCCUCCACUCCAACUAACGUUAAGGACGAGGUAGACUGCUCAAAAUAUACUUCAAAUGAUAUUCUGAGCACAAAAAAUAUUUAUGCCACUAGAUACAUGUAACUUUAAAAUAUCAAUGUUUUAUUCUCUCUCUCAAAAUGGUGUUUCUCACUGAAUCUAAUAGCUCACAAAAAUGGUUUGUGGUAGAGAAAUUCCACUUUCAGAAAUACAUUCGGCACACGUAAAGCUGCCCACAUAUUUCUUGCAUGGGAGGAUUUGGUGCAGACAAACAAGAUAAGCAGUUGAAAUGAGAUAAUAUCCAAAAACUGUAAUUUCUCAGAAAUGAGUUAAAACAUUCUUUGUUAAUAUGACAUUAGGCUAUGGAAACAAUAAAUCAUUUCAGAAGAGAAAUUAUCUUCAUAAAAUCACUUGUGCAACUGAAAGCAAUCACAUGAAUUAGCCCAACGGUGAAUAGUUUCUUACUAAGUUAUGGGAACAACACGUCACCCUGAAGGUACAGAAGUAAUUUAUGCAAAUGUGGCCUUUCUCCUUUUGUUUUUUAAUUUUUCUGAGUAUUGAAUUGUCUCGAUUAUGUGUUGUGUUAAAAAGACAUGGCCAUUAACCAGGCCGAGGUUAUGCAUUAGCCUUUUACCCAAACGUAAUUGAACAUUCAGACUGAAGUCGUAUCCUUGCUAAACUUCGGAUUUUGUUAUUUUGCUCUUCAGUACUCCAGCACUGUGCUGUUUUUUGAGUCUUUGCCUCGACAGUCCAAAUCUUCACGCGGUAUUUCUGUGCCACCAUCAUUUAAAGCAGCAGUGUGCCGACGUCCUCUGUCAUGCCUGUGUCGACUCAUGUGGUUAGCAGACGGUGGUGCCAAUGACAAAUAGCAACAAGAAUAUAUAUAAAAAAAUUUAAACUCUUUAACAAACAGCAAUUAUUCCAAACAUUGCAUGAAACAAAUGAGUAUAUUCUCUAAUGAAAUUCUGUCAAUAACAACAAAAAAUAAUGACAGUAAUACUUUCAAACAUGAAAUAAAAUAAAACAAAAUGUUCUUCAGGGAGAUCCUGACAGCAUUGACCAUUUGCGCAAGCUAUGUAAUAAAUCAUAAACCGACAAUUUAUCAUUUACACAAAGUAAUAAAUCAUGCAGCAAAUGUGUGUGCAAAACAAUUACUCAUGUGAACAAGUGUAUGAAAAACUGUAAAUCAUGAGGUGGAGAAAGAAGUUGUGUGAGCCAAACGACCAUACAGACGAGAUAAGUUGUACACACAAGCUACACCAUCUAAACAGACAAAAUAAUAUCACAGCACUCCACAGGAAUCCACAGCGCGCUGUGCCCAGUGACAUGAUAAGGUGCUUUAUAAGGGCUGCUCGAUUAUUUCAAUUUCAGUCUCCUUACCUAUAACUUGUACUUAUAAAUUAAGUGUUAGUCAUGCUUUCAUGGUAUUUUCCUGUUGAACUCAUUGACUAGAGAUGAAUGUCGAAUUCAUGUAAGUUAUCCCUACUAGAUGUGCAAAGAGGAAGCAUGAAAAGCCACAUUUUGACUUUCAUCUCAAAAGCCUGGCUACACAUUGCCAACCAAUACUGCUGUGUUCUUUUUUGAUGAUUAAUCUAAAUUAUUCUGAGGUUUUCUCCCUUUAUAUUAUAUAUAUUUUUCAGUUGGGGGAAAAAAAAGGUUGUUUAAGUUAGGAAUUUUUGGUAACUCAAAUCCCACCCCAUGCACAAGAAAUACACGGUGAUAUCAGCUCUGGAAAGUUGUGAAGAAACAGCAUGGAGGACAAAGCCCCGCCCAGAGGGAGGGACAGAAGGCGGGACUGGUCAGAUGGGGCGUGUUGAGCGACACUGGACUCCUGAGGGUUAUAAUGCUGUCACAAGUUGCCUUUGUCUUUGCUGAGGACCUUGACUCUCUUUUCUGGUGGGGUUAUUAGGUCUUACGAUGGACUUUAUAAAGGAAAUGUCUUCAUUACCUGUUUCCUUAGGGUGCAACCGAAAGCUAAGAUAGUUUAGAUUGAAGCUUUUUUUUUUAACUGUUUGUUUUUUUUUUAAUGUACGGUAUUUGACCAGGGUAUAUAUACUCAGCAGCUGUUUGUUGAGAAGGGGAUUCUGCUCUCAUCUCCAAUACAUGGACUUUCUCCUAUCACCUUGCUAAUUAUAAAUGAAGCAAAAAGACUAAACAGCAAAGCAAGGUGUGCCUUCUAUUAUCUUCUAAACCAAAGAAGAGAGCAACCAGCGAGCUGAGUUGGUAACUGUUACAGAAAAAAAAAACUUUACCAUUUCUCCUACUUCGACUGGAGUCUAUUUGUGCAAUAAUAUUGAGAAUAUUAAAUAAAAAAUAUGUUCUGUGCUAAAACC